AUGACGCGGCAGCGGAUACGGCUAUCCCUUGCUGCUGCUAUGAAGCAGCAGCAGCAGCAGCAAAAGCAACAGCAGCAGCAGCAAAAGCAUCAGCAGCAGCAGCAGCGAAAACCGCUGCCGCAGCAGCAGCAAAAGUUGCCGCAGCCUCCGCCGCAUGAGGCAGCUGCAGAGGACUUGAGGAUUUCUGUCCUGCAGCAGCAGCAGCAGCAGCAACAACAACAAAGACAGCAGCAGCAGCAGCAGCAGCAGCAACAGCAGCAGGUGGCUCCCGCUCCCACAGAGGCCCUCAGGCCCUCACAGCAGCAGCAGGAGCAGCACGAGCGUGAGCAGGAGCUGCAGCAGCAGCAGCAGCUGCUGCUGCAGGAACGCCACAGCAGCAGCGUCGUCAAGCCAGGUGCUGCCUCUGCAGCAAGAAGAGCGGCUUCAGAGACAGCUGGGGGGCGGAGACAGAGACAGAGACAGAGGCUGCUGCUGCUGCUGCUGCUGCUGCUGAGAAGAGACACGGUUGGGGGCCCCACACCCAGGGGCUGUCGCUCUCUAUCCCGGGGUUCGCUGCUGCUCCGAGCUGGCACCACCUGCAGCAGCAACAACUGCAGCAGCUGCAGCAGCAAAGCAGCAGCAGCAGCUGCUGCUGCAGGAACGCCACUGCAGCAGCGUCUUCAAGCCAGCUGCUGCAUCUGCAGCAAGAAGAGCAGCUUCAGAGACAGCUGGUGGGCGGAGACAGAGACAGAGACAGAGGCUGCUGCUGCUGCUGCUGCUGCUGAGGAGAGACACGGUUGGGGGCCCCACACCCAGGGGCUGUCGCUCUCUAUCCCGGGGGUCGCUGCUGCUCCGAGCUGGCACCACCUGCAGCAGCAACAACUGCAGCAGCUGCAGCAGCAACUACUGCAGCAACUGCAGCAACUGCUGCUGCAGCAGGAGAGGUGCAGCUGUCGCUGUGGGGGGUUGGCGGGCGUGGAGCUACAAGAUGUGCAUCAGCAGCAGCAGCAGCAGCAGCAGCAGCAGCAGCAGCGGCAGCAGCAGCUGCAGCGUAGACUGAGCUCCCUUGGGAAGCCCCUGCCUGUGUCUUCACAGAUGUCUAUGCAGGGACGUCUGCUGCAGCGGCUGCAUACAAUCGAGCAGCAGCAACAGCAGCAGCAGCAGCAGCAGCUGCUGCUGCUGCACCGGCGACGAGCCUGGAGUGUCUCCUCCGCUGUAUCGUUCAGGCGGCGGGGUGGGAGCCGGCGGCCGCUGCUGCACCGCAUGUCUUCUAUUGCUGCAGCAGCAAAGAAGCAGCAUAGGAAGCAGCAGCAGCAGCAGCAGCAGCAGCAGGGGCCGCAGCAUCUGCUGUCGUUUGCCGAAGAACUGCUGCUGCGGCGGCGGCUGUGGGAAGCAAAUCAAAAUGCUGCUGCAGCAGCACCAGAGCAGCACAGAGAGACAGACGGACUGCAGCAGCAGCAGCAGCAGCAACAGCAGCAACAGCAACGACAGCAGCAACAGCAGCAACAGCAGCAGGGGAGAGAAGAAGUGUUUAGGCCUCAGCAGCUAAUGGAUGCCAUCGAGGCGCUGGCUACAGCAGCAAACGGGGCACUGGCGACAGGCCUUGAAGAGGCUGCGACUGCGGCGGCGGUGCUGCAGCAGGAGAAGCAACAGCAGCAGCAGCAGUAG